UUUGUGAGUGCGCGUGUGUGUCGUGUCUUACGUGGUGGUGAUUGUCGCUUUGGAUUAUUAUGAAUAGAAUUUUGUCUACCAUCGUGUUGUGAUAAUACAGAUUUCUAAAAAUAUAGUCGAACAAGUGAUCGGUCAACAGAAGCUGAGAUUGCGAGUUGAAGGGCGGAAAAGAAAAUGAAGCUUCGUCAAGGGGUGUAAAGUACAAAGUAUUCAAAACAUAAUGGAAUAAAAAAUCUAGAUAAUUAGUGAUAUUUUAUAGUCGACUACACCUAUACAUAUUGAAUAUAAAACCAAUUGCGUCCGGGAGAUAAAAGUAAAUAUAUCAGUUUAUAGACGUAUUGCUCAAAAAGGUAUUAAUCAGUGCUUGCGGACUUAAAAAAUAGAAGUAAAAUGAGAUUUUAAUAAAAAAUGCAACUUUAUUGCGUAUUGCUAUUUAUAUAAACCAUAAAUAAAUUAGGAAAAGUAUCAACUGAUUUGUAGUAUUACCGUUACAGUAAAAAACAAUUAAGUUAACUACAAUUAAAAAGAUGCAGUUCGUUUACACGUGUCUCGUGCUUCUUGCGUUUCCCGGUGGGGUGAUAUUAGGCUGGGGACAGCAAAGGAAUCAGUCGGGGGUAAAAAUCGGCACAAAUUACCGUCAGUUAGGUGUUACUGGACCGACAAACGUAAGGGGUGGGAGCGGGAUCAAGCUAGGAAGUGCGGGGAAGUCUCAUAGGAACUACAGCAAGCCUACAACGCCCCCUCCACCGGUUACAUUCCCCCCACCACCACAACCGCUGCCCCCUCAACCACCACCACCACCUACAAGCUACUCAUCUAGCAGACUUCCUAUGCUGAAUGUUGGUCUUGUGGUUCCCCAAAAGUCGUUUGGCCUGAGAGAGUACAACCGCGCCGUGUCUACAGCUGUACAGUUCCUCAACAGAACCGGGUCUCGAACCAGACAACUCAGUGUUUUCCAGCGACAUCAGGUGCAGUUCACAAUGGUCAUGAACUCUCUCACACCUACACCUACAGCAAUCCUGAACUCACUGUGCAAGGAGUUCUUGAACGUGAACGUAUCAGCGAUUCUGUACCUAAUGAACUAUGAGAAGUAUGGCCGCAGCACUGCAUCGGCCCAGUACUUUCUGCAGCUGGCCGGCUACCUGGGCAUUCCCGUCAUCGCCUGGAACGCUGACAACUCAGGAUUAGAAAGAAGAGCCUCCCAGUCCAGUCUACAGCUUCAGUUAGCCCCCUCUCUAGAGCACCAAACGGCUGCCAUGCUCAGUAUUCUAGAGAGAUACAAAUGGCAUCGGUUUUCUAUAGUCACUUCACAAAUUGCUGGCCACGACGACUUCAUUCAGGCCAUUCGUGAACGUAUCACAGAAAUGCAAGACAGGUUUAAGUUCACCAUCCUCAACACAGUGCUGGUGACGAGGCCGGCAGAUCUGCUGGAGCUUGUCAAUUCUGAGUCUCGAGUGAUGCUGUUGUACUCAACCAGAGAGGAGGCGACUCACAUCCUAUCAGCUGCUAGAGACUACAAGAUCACUGGAGAGAACUACGUCUGGGUCGUCACUCAGAGUGUCAUAGAGAACCUUCAGACCCCCUAUCAGUUCCCGGUCGGCAUGCUGGGUGUUCACUUUGACACCUCCAGUGACAGACUGGUCAACGAGAUCACGACAGCCAUCAAAGUGUACGCCUACGGAGUCGAGGAUUAUGUCAACGACCCUCGCAACGAGAACCACUCCCUCAACACUCAGUUGUCAUGUGAGGGGGCGGGGGACGCGAGAUGGAAGACGGGCGACAGGUUCUACAGGUAUCUAAGAAAUGUGACCGUGGAAGGUGACCAAGGUAAAGGAGAGCCCAAGGUAGAAUUCACAGCAGAUGGGGUUCUCAAGUCGGCUGAGCUCAAGAUAAUGAAUCUGCGGCCUGGAGUCAGUAAACAGCUUGUUUGGGAAGAGAUUGGAGUUUGGAAGUCUUGGGUUCCCGAGGGACUGGACAUCAAGGACAUUGUUUGGCCAGGAAACUCCCACACUCCUCCUCAAGGAGUCCCGGAGAAGUUCCAUCUGAAGAUCACCUUCCUGGAGGAACCUCCCUAUAUCACUCUGGCACCUCCUGACCCGGUGACUGGGAAGUGUAGCAUGAACAGAGGAGUCAUUUGCAGGGUGGGAACUGACAACGAUGCGGCCGAUAUGGACAUAUCGGCAGCCCAUCGCAAUGGCACGUACUACCAGUGCUGCUCCGGUUUCUGUAUUGACUUGCUGGAAAAGUUCGCUGAGGAGUUAGGCUUCACAUACGAACUUGUCAGAGUCGAAGACGGAAAGUGGGGAACUCUUGAGAACGGCAAGUGGAACGGUCUCGUCGCAGAGCUAGUCAACCGAAAGACUGACAUGGUGAUGACGUCCCUGAUGAUCAACUCAGAACGAGAAGCUGUUGUAGAUUUCACAGUUCCCUUCAUGGAGACGGGAAUAGCUAUUGUCGUAGCUAAGAGGAUCGGCAUCAUAUCUCCAACUGCAUUUUUAGAACCUUUUGACACUGCCUCCUGGAUGUUAGUGGGUCUUGUGGCCAUCCAAGCCGCUGCCUACACGAUCUUCUUUUUUGAGUGGCUAAGCCCUUCCGGUUUUGACAUGAAAAUGUCUGUAAGUAAUGUUCACAACGGCAAGGCCCACCGUUUCUCCCUGUUCCGAACAUAUUGGUUAGUUUGUGCUCUCCUCUUCCAGGCUGCUGUCAGAAUAGAUAGUCCAAAGGGAAUUACAUCAAAGUUCAUGACCAACGUGUGGGCCAUGUUUGCCGUGGUGUUCCUUGCUAUAUACACUGCCAACCUCGCUGCCGUUAUGAUUACGAGGGAAGAAUUUCACGAGUUCAGCGGCCUGGAUGACCCUAGACUAUCCAAGCCGUACAGCCAUAAGCCGGUGUUCAAGUUUGGUACCACGCCGUACAGCCACACAGACACGACCAUCAAGAAGUAUUUCUACGACAUGCACUCGUAUAUGAAACAGUUCAACAAGACCAGUGUCAUGGAGGGGGUUGUGGCAGUAGAGAGUGGGGAACUAGAUGCUUUCAUCUAUGACGGAACUGUUCUUGACUACUUGGUAGCCCAAGACGAGGAUUGCAGACUACUCACUGUAGGUUCUUGGUAUGCCAAAACUGGUUAUGGUCUAGCCUUCACAAGGAACUCUAAAUACGUGCAAAUGUUUAACAAGAGGUUACUGGACUUCAGAGAAAACGGUGAUCUAGAGCGUCUGCGCCGAUACUGGAUGACAGGUAGUUGUAAGCCAGGCAAAGAGCAACACAAGAGUAGUGACCCCCUCGCACUGGAACAGUUCUUAUCAGCCUUCCUACUGUUAAUGUUGGGGAUUCUAUUGUCAGCUGGACUCCUGCUAGGAGAACACAUAUAUUUCAAGUGUGUUCGAAAACAUUUGGUCAAAACUGACAAAGCUCAGUGUUGCGCUCUCAUCAGCUUGAGUAUGGGGAAAUCGCUGACUUUCCGAGGCACAGUGAUUGAGGCUCAAGAUAUCAUUCGAAAUCAUCGUUGUCAUGACCCUAUUUGUGACACACAUCUUUGGAAGGUCAGACAUGAACUGGACAUGGCAAGAAUUCGAAUAAAGCAAUUAGAAAAAGAACUAGAAAGUCAUGGCAUCAAACCAAGUCGCAGGGGGCGGGGCCCUCCAAGGGUUGAGGGGAGGUCAUCCUCUUGCUGUUGGCUACCUUGGUGUUCUGGACAAUCUCCCGAUAAGACCUCACGGUUCAUGACAACAACGGAUCUAUUGCGUACUAGAGACAUGACUCAUAAUCACAUAACCUCGACAGAGUACAGUGGUCGUUUCGCCAGCACUCCACAAAUAUACAGGACCGAGAUCGCAGAGAUGGAGACGGUCCUGUGAUGUCAGCUUGAACCAGGGCCCCAACCUGACGUCACAACGACUGCCAUAGUCAACUCACAUCAUUUGUAUCGAUACUAGCGAUAGUUCAGUAGUCUAAUAUCAGGAUACGAAUCCAGAAUUCAAUUACAUUCAAAACAAGUUUAUCGUUUAGUACGAAGUGUAUUAAAUGAAUUGAUAACAGUCAGUAGCUGGCCCUCAGGGACAAAGUCCCUACCCAGUUCCUCAAAGCAUAGAAUCAGUUUUCUAAGUACCAGAAUCCUGGACGUACUGAUGUGCCGGGGGCAGUAGAUACAGAGCCCGGCCUUUGCAGCCUACAACUUAUUUGAAUUACCAAACGAAAAUUUAUGUUCGAUAUUAUUUAAGGGCUUAGUUUUAAAAAGGGUUAAUCAUUUUUAGUUCAAUAUGGGCUCUACUCGAAGAAAAGUAAAAUUUAAUCUAAAAUUAUAUCGAAAUUAGCCCGUGCGGCGUUAAAAAUUUUAAUAAUUUUUUUUAUACAACAUUGUAAUUCUGACUAUUAAAUCGGAAAUGACAAAAUAGCUGCAAUCAACACUGUUAGGUAUCCCUAUUAUGGAAUGUGAUUCUGAAUUCGUAUACCGUUGUCUGAAAACAUUUCGCUGUAUACGGGUAAAGCCACAGCAACUAUUCAAAUAGGUGCUAUUUCAGGAUAUGAUUUUAAAAGAACAUUUUUGAUUAAACGCGAAAUGUUUUCAUUGGAAAAUAUUUUAUAUAGUGGUUACAUUUUAUAAGUGUCAUUAUCCUCGUUAUUUAUUGUCUAUUUUGUCAUUUAUUAUACUUUUCAUUAAGUGUGAUCUACAAUUUGAAACUAAGUCCCUAAGCUUGGUAAUAUUUGAAGCGGUUAUUGCUUUAGUAGAGCCAUGGCUGUUUGUGCUCUACGUUGUUAUUAUAUGGUGCUUUCGUGAUUUGUAGUUUUAAAACUGUAUUUAUAGAAUAUGGGGUCAAGGUUCAUCUUAGCCUUAUCUAAUACAUGAAAAAGAUAAGGUUUCAUAAAAAAGGAAUGUGAUGAUAAAGUUAAUUUUUCCAGAGACUGUACAAAAGUUAUUGAACAUUUUUAACUAUCAUUAUGUAGAUUUUCACCAUGAAACACAGUAAACUGAUUAAUUUUUUAAUAAAUUCAAUUAUUCCGUUGUUGAAGUUAAUUAAUAUGAUAGAACUUUAUAAAGUCGUAAUUUUCUUUUUUUUUAAAUCGAUAAUUAUCUACAUUUAUUUUAUUACGAAAACAUUUCACAUUAAACUAAAAAGGUAAUUCAUUGAAACUCUCAUAUAUGAUUAGUAAUUUUGUUUUGUAACAAUAUAAAAAAGUUUGCACACAUACAAAGUUUAAGUUCUUUCUCAAGUGAGAAAUAUGAAAUUGCAUCUUGAGAUGCUAGUAUUUAUUGCUUGGCCAAAAUGGAUCCAAGCUUUCACACUAGAGUAGUUAUGAUGUAAACCGUGUAUGGUGGUGUUUAUUUAGUUCCUGUAAAAACAACUAAGGUUUUGAGUGUUUUAUGUAGUAGUAAACUUAAAAGUAAUUAGGCCCUACCAAACCCAAAUUUAAACAAAAAUACUAACCAGUAUUCGAAUAGACCAAAUCAUACAAUUUUAUCCUAUAGUAUUAAAUGUACCAGCCGCAAUAUUACACCCGAAUAAUAAUUUCCGCAGAGUCUUUAAACAUAUAAAAUGUUGAUUUACCACUUUAUGUAAGGAACGUUAUAGUAUAUUUUUGUAUAAAAUGCCAUCCCCUUCACAUUAGAUGUUGUAGUAGUGGUAGCACUGAUCGCUGUUGCUGUUAGGGUGUGCCUUUGGUAACGUUGGUAGCCAUUACCCGAACCCCGCUGAAUAGUUUGCUUUAGUCCCUUAAACCAAAGCAAUAUUUGUUUCUAAAUUUAUAAUUCCACUCGAUGUUUUUUAAUAGUUUUUAUUAUUAAUGGUUGAUAUGUGUUUAAAUAAGAGUGUUUAAUUAUGCUUUUAAAUAAUAACAGCAGAACAAUUAUUGUAUUUUAUCUAUCGGGCUUUGUCGUGAUUGUUUUCGGUAAGAUACACUAGCACAUCGUUUAAAUGAAACUAAAAAGUUUACCAAAGAAAUUUAUUUUGUUAACAGGGACGAUAACAUGAGUAAGAAAUCAUGGUUCAUGUCCGUUCAAAUGUUCAAAUCCGUAUAAAGUAUUGCAUCAAUUGAAUUAUCUUUACAAACCUCAUCUAGAUGUUAGGAGCCAUAAACAGAAUAGUUAGCUUGUUUUAAAUGACAAGGUAGAUUUAUAAAUCUGCAUAAAUUGUUGUGAUUUUUGCUCAGUUAGUGUUAGAUUUGUCUGUGACCGUGACAGCACGUAAUAGUAUAUUACGUUACUAGUCCUGAAAAUAAAUGUUUACCGGACGAGUUACAUACGAUAGUUUACGCCGUACUACUUAAUUCGUACAAAUCCUUAUAUAUUUCUACCAACUAAAGGACUCAGUCAUAACCUCUAAGAGAGGUUAUGUUUUUGUUUAUAACCAAUCAUUGCCACGCAAAUACAGUAUAAUCAGCUGAUUGGUGUCCGGUAAAACUCGUUGCAGAACAGUAUUACGCAAUGAAACCCCAUUUGAAUAAGUUGGCGGCAAACAGCUGUUUUCUGGACUAAAUCCUUGCGUGGAAAGCUCGUCAAAAUAAUGUAGUGUGGCGUAAAGUCUUUUGUGCACGCGUUAAAUUGUUGUUCCUUGAAAAACUGAUUUUCCAGACUUUUGAUGUAAUUUUGUAAUUUUUUGACAUUCAAUUGUUUAAAAACUUUUUGCUGUUUGACUCGUAAAAGAUUUGUUCUUGUUAUUAAAUGAUUAGUUUCACAUAUGAACUUCUUUGGUGUGUCAAAUUACAAUGUAAGAGUUUAAUAAUUUAUUUAAUACCUACACAGAGUGAAGUAAAAAAACAACAUUGUAUCAAAAACAUGAAACACAUGAACAAUAUGAACACAUAGGCAUGUGAUGUAUAGAAAAAUUAAAGUAAGAUAAAUAAACUGUAGGGAAGACCAGAUCUUAGAUUUUUAAGCAGAAGUGUCUAUUAUAAUUGAGAUAAAUUUAACAAGGAAAAGGAAAAUGUUUCUAUACACAUAUUAACAAAGUUUAACGUAAACCUUUUCCAUUAAUCUUCUCGAUAAACUUUGAUGGUUAUAACUAUUAUUCCUUCUAAAAUUACUAUUUUCUUUUCCGUCGAUAGAGAUUUUAAUGCACAGCCAAUAUCUAAAUGAAGGUUCCGCCCUAACCUGUGUUUUAAAAACAAACAGAAUAUGUUCACAAGUGUCUUUAUUAUCGGACUGUUUAUUUUUCCUUACUUUUUUAUUCAUUUUUUUAUUAAACUAAACUUACUCUCCUAGAACUAUAAAAAAAGAUUUUGCCUGUUGUUUUAUUACCUCACGUUGUGUGUACGUUUUAAAUUACCAAUACGUCGUAUUUUACUUAAUAGGUAAACUAUUUAGAAAAUAUGUCAUUAGCGAAAAGUUAGGAAUCUAACCAAUAUACAUUAGCUGCGUUACUUUUUGGCCGAUACAGGUUAACCAAAUUAUCUAGCAAUGUUUUGUAUCAGUGAUGUUUUACAUUAAGAGUUUACGAAGGUUACAUAGUUUCUGUUGUGAUAUUUUUGUCUACUGAUAUAAGAAUUGUUAUGUAGAUUUCAGAAACUUAACCUACUUACUGUAAAAGAAUAAACUUUAAAAAUCGUUGUUGUUCAUCGUUAAACUAUGGAAAUGUAAAAUAUGUAUGGUUGGAUGUAUCUUUAUGAUAUCCAACCCUUAAAAUUAAUACUUGGUUUUGAUGGUGCAAAAGUGAUACAGGGAAUAUUUUUAAAAACUAUUAUCACUUAUAAUAUUUAGAGUUUUGUAAUUCGAAAUUUAUCAUCCCCUUCUAGAGUUUAGCAAACACGUAAAAGAAUUAGGAUUAAUUUAUAUUUAUCCCUGUUGUGAUUAAAUUAUAUCGAAUAACGAUUUUGUGCUACAAAUCAGUUGGUUUCAGUAUCCUUCAAUAUAAAAUGCAUGUUAAAGCUCCUAGUCUAAACCUUCAACUCACGUUAUGGUUCUAAGGCUUGGUGGACUGUAAAUACUUUAAGCAACAUAAAUAAAAUAUUGUGUACAUAAUAUAAGCGUCAAUGUUAAACAUUACAAUAAAUAUGUAAUUCAUGUUGACCAUUUAAAAUAUAAAGCUAUGUAAUGAAAAACUGGUGUACAAAAUAAAAUAAACACA